GUUUUUUUUCUCUAGUACAGUGCAGUAGUCUUUCCUAUAAUGGAGGCAGAGAGUCGGACUUUGGCUGAUAAUGGUGUAGACGCCAAAUCCCCUCUGUUGGAAGGGUGGAAGAGGGGUGGCAGUGGGCGCCGCCGCCGUCUCAGUCGCCGCAACUCUGUGAAUUCGCUCCGUAGUGAUUUCAUUUCCAGGCUGCCGGAUAAGGUCCGGUCAGCAGUUGACCCUGAGUCUCCUUCCCAUUUUGAUCUUUCUAGAGCUCAGGGUUUGAGCAAAGGAGAGGAGGAGUACUAUGAAAGACAAUUUGCUACCUUAAAAUCAUUUGAGGAGGUCGACUCCGUGGUGUCGUCUGAUGGCUUAGAUGAGGAAGAUCUAGAGGAGCAAGCACAGCAGGAGAGAGCUAUGAGGAUCUCCAACUGGGCAAAUGUUUUGCUGCUGGCAUUUAAGAUCUAUGCCACGAUAAAGAGCGGAUCGCUAGCCAUUGCUGCGUCGACCCUGGAUUCCUUACUUGAUCUGAUGGCUGGUGGCAUACUCUGGUUUACCCACCUCUCAAUGAAAAACGUUAACAUUUACAAGUAUCCUAUUGGGAAGUUGAGGGUGCAGCCAGUUGGGAUUAUCGUCUUUGCAGCUAUAAUGGCCACUCUUGGCUUUCAGGUUUUGGUCCAGGCUGUAGAACAACUAGUUGAAAAUAAACAUACUGAAAAGAUGACUUCAGAUCAGUUGGUAUGGUUGUACUCAAUUAUGAUAACUGCUACAGUGGUAAAACUUGCUCUGUGGUUUUACUGCAGAAGUUCUGGAAACAACAUUGUCCGUGCCUAUGCAAAGGACCAUUAUUUUGAUGUAGUGACAAAUGUAGUAGGCUUAGUAGCAGCAGUCCUAGGUGAUAAGUUCUUCUGGUGGAUCGAUCCGGCCGGUGCCAUCAUCCUUGCAGUUUAUACAAUUACAAAUUGGUCUGGUACUGUUCUAGAAAAUGCAGUGUCGCUAGUUGGACAAUCAGCACCUCCCGAAGUAUUGCAGAAAUUGACGUAUCUCGUGAUAAGGCACCCUCAGGUCAAGCGUAUUGACACAGUCCGUGCUUACACUUUUGGUGUUUUGUAUUUUGUCGAGGUUGAUAUCGAACUUCCUGAAGAUUUGCCCCUAAAAGAAGCUCAUACAAUAGGCGAGACUCUGCAGAUAAAGAUCGAAAAACUUACUGAAGUUGAAAGGGCAUUUGUUCAUCUUGAUUAUGAAUGUGAACACAAACCUGAGCACUCUGUUCUCAGUCGGCUACCAAAGAGCGAACCCUGAGGCUAUUCCCUGCAAAACACCCUGCGGCAAACAUCUUUACUCGCAAUUGUAUAUAUGAGGUUCAACACAAUUGUCUCUUGAUAAUAUAUAGAAAAGGGUGUAUGUGAUCUCAGUUUCGACAGAUUUGUGUGUUAUAAUUGUAAUAAGCUCGCUUUUCAUCCCACCUUUUGUCAUGACAUGUUCUUUCAUACUGCAGGAAACUUGUAUGCAGACUCUUUGUAAUUUACAGUAAUAAAAUGGAAGAGUGAAUUCUGAUUCACAUUUGGAAAUAAUGCAUGUUAAGGAUUACUCUCUCUCUCUCUCUCUCUCUCUUACAGGGGAAAAUAUUAAAGAUUUCGGUAGAUUCGUACACAUUACAUAUUGUAUUUAUCGUCUAAACAAGGGAAACCACCGUUCUUGUAAGGAACUAUGAUGGGCGAUCAUGAACAUAAGAAACACUAGCAGAACGGCCACCCCAAACGGCGAGCCUCCAACCCUAUGAAGCGAGUCCUUUUCCGGCAA